AUGCCGAGACAAGAGUCAUUGGCUACGAAGCGUGAACUGCUUAUAGCUCGUGAUACGCUUGAAAUCGGUGCAAUUUUAUCUCUUGAAAAGCGGGACAUGAUAGCCUUUGAACGCUACAUGUCUCAACUAAAGUGUUACUACUGCGAUUACAAAACUUAUCUCCCCGAAUCACCAUACAAAUACGAAUUAUUCGGUCUCAAUCUUUUGAGGCUUCUAGCUCAAGGAAGGCUUUCUGAAUUUCACACUGAAGUUGAACGCCUAAGUGUAGACGAGAUUAAUUCAAAUCCUUACAUUAAACACCCACUGUCCAUGGAGCAGUACUUAAUGGAAGGAAACUUUCAGAAAAUUUUCAUAGCCAAGGAGAAUGUUCCAUCUGAGCGUUAUAAUUACUUCGUUGACAUUUUACUCAAUGCUACAAGGGAUGAAAUAGCAUCUUGCAUUGAGGCAGCAUAUGAACAGCUGUCCUUACCACAAGCCAAAAAGACACUGUUCUUUGAGGAUACAGAUCAAAUGAAAGCCUACGCCCAACAGCGCAAUUGGCACCUUGAUGGAAAUGUUUAUCGCUUCCUGCGAGCCCAGAAGCAGGCAGAUAAUUCGCUUCCUGCCGCCGAUCUCACUCGCAUACUACUGGACUACACUCGGGAAUUGGACCAAAUCAUUUAG